AUGCCAUACACACGACAACAAGAGACCAACAACCAAAACGCACAAAAUGUGGAUCCACAGAAAUUGUAUUGCUAUCAAACAUUUCAACAAGUGGUUAACAGUCAACCAAGUGCAUCGAUAAACCUCUUCAUGGGAAAGAAGAAUCAAUCUGCAGUGAAUGAUGAAAGCAAUCCAUUCUGCUCACUUACAAAUCCAUGUCAACACAUUCAACAAGCGCUUCAAGAAUUGGCAAAAGUGAUGAAUCGUUCUGAAUUUUUGCCAUUCAUUUCCAUGAAUCGGCAACGAGCAGUAGUGGUUUUUAUUCAAAUUACAGAUGAUAUUGAAGCAGAGGAUAUUAAUAAUGUACUAUUAACACCCAUGUAUUCUGGAUUGCAAUAUUAUUUUACAUUUUCGAGUUAUUCAACAGAUGGCAGAACAUUCAAAUUAAAUUUUAAUGAAUCCAAGAUUGACUUGGGCAAAAUGGAACCUCUUUCCAUUAUACAGUCUAGAACAGACUUGGUAUGGAUGGUUUUCUUUAAUUUAAAUAUUGAGAAUAUAGUACUAAUGUCGAAUGACCUAUCAGGACUUGCAUUUUGUUCUUCAGGCAUCAAUAACGGCUAUGUCAUGACCGAUUCGAUGAUGCAAUGGUUUAGUAUAGAAACAUCGAUAGUUCAGAAAUCUCAAUUUUAUGUUCGAAGUCCUGUGAAACUCUUUGUGGUCUAUACACAAUUUUCUAUAUUUAAUAUGCUGUAUUUUAGAAAUAUGCAACAGACCAUUCUUUCGAAUAUACUCGUACAAGAUAGUAGAUUGCAAUUAACAGUAGAGAAAAGUGAUACGAUGUUUCUUCAACAUUCUCAAUUUUUUAAUUACACUCUAGAAUUUACUACUGCAAAUAUUAAGGAAAUGCACAUUAGCUAUUCUAAAUUUAUUAAUAGUACCAAUUAUAAUGGUAUUGUAACUUCUACACAUGGGGAUAUCUAUCAGGUAGCAGCAUGCACUUUUCAAAAUUCAGGGCCUUUUCUAUUUGUUCGAGCAUAUCUUAGAAUUGAAUUCAUGUUUAACACAAUUGCAGACAACACAAUACAAGAAGCAUUCAAUUUCAAAAUGUUUUAUGGAGUAGUUACAAUUUUGAGUUGUGUUGAAGUAUAUAUGCAGUCUUGUUCUUUUCGAAAUAAUAGAGGCAUUGGUAAAGCAUCGGCUCUCUUUUUUUCAGACGUGGAUCGAAUUACAUUGAAUGCAACCCAAUUUGUAGAUGGAUUCAAUGGAAGUGCUGUCUUGUUAGAGAAUUACCAAACAAGAUACAUUGAAGGAGUUUAUAAUACAAUCAUUACGAACUGCUUAUUUGAGAAUAAUAAGUGUGAUUCAUUUGGAUGUGCGUUCAAUAUUGCAAAUUCAGCUCUUGAUGUCUACGUAAUGAAUAGUGUUUUUAGGAAUAAUGUAGCAGCUAUGGGAGGAGGAGCCAUCUAUGUUGAAAUUGCACUCUUUUUACGUCUUUUGAAUUGUACCUUUGAUCAAAAUCGUGCCACCUAUUCGGGUCAGGUUACCAUCUCCAAUGGUUUAAAACAAAUAGGUGCUGGUGGUGCUGUCAAUAUCUAUUCCAGUAUCCUUCCAAUGGAAACGAAUACUCUCAUUAGAGAUUGUACCUUUAUCAAAAAUACGGCCGUGGUGGGUGGUGCUUUGUAUUAUGUAGCGGAAGCGACCAAAAUCAUUGAAAAUUGUGAAUUUAAGGAAAAUGUCGCAUUCAAGAAGGGUGGUGCAAUUUUUCAUUACAACAGUCUUUUUAAAGAAACACCAAUGCAAAAUGUGAGAUUUGAAAAUAAUAAGGCACUAUUGUUUGGAAAUGAUUACAUUUCAGACAUUACUAAACUUUCCUUUGAGCUUGAAGACGGUGUUACAAUGCUAGAACUCACACCUGGAGAGUCAAUGAGAGUGAAUGGAACUGCCACUUCUUUGAAUGCAUCUGUUCCACUCAAUUUGGAAACUCUAUUUAUCGAAACAUUAUAUCCUCAAUUAUAUAUCAUAUCCAAGCAGUACAGUGAUUAUAUGAACAUUUCAGCGUAUUAUCGAAUCACAAACAGCUCUGAAGUAGUGGAUUAUGGAAUAUAUAAUUCGACUGUGAGAACAGAAACUUCUCGACAGGAAAAGUUCAUUCCAUUUAAAAUGAAUCCAUGCAAACAAGGAUAUCGAUUGGCAUUGGUUGACGUGGAUGGAACUUCCUCUCUCUACUCUUGCCAAUACAAUCAAGAACUUCCCGUAGCAAUCGUCUUGCUUGUAGUGCUACCAAUUAUAUUUAUUGUCUUUGUCAUUGGUACAUGUAUUGGUGUGUUGUGUGGAGUGAACAUUUGUAUUGAUAUUCGACGAAGAUUGAAACGACUCCAUGAAAAGGAGAAGGCAGAAUUGUCUGUAGAACAGAAAAUUAUUGAUAAGGCCAUUAUCUUUAAUAUUAACAGUGAUGAUCAUGACACGACCUCAGUAGACAAGUAUUAUUCUAAAAGUAGUGGUAGUGGUCGUAGUAGUUCCAGUAAGAAGUCUCACAAAGAUGAACUCCGAUCUCCAUUAUUGACCUCCACGGCAGAUGCACCCUCGAUUGAAAUGGAAAAGAAAGCCAUGUCAUUCCUAAUUCCUAUUACAGAUCUUACUAUCAUUAAGAAAAUAGGAGAGGGUGGUAUUGGUACUGUUUAUUUAGGGAAAUGGAAGGAUAGGGAUGUGGCCAUUAAAUCAUUGAAAGCUCGAAUCGAUGACGAUAAUGAUGAGUUUGAAAAGGAAGUUUCUCUUCUCGCCUCAUUACGUCAUCCAUGUAUCUUACAACUCUUUGGAGUUUCAGUUUCAAAAGAAAACAAAUUUAUGGUCACUGAAUAUUUAGAGAAUGGUUCUUUGGAAAGAAUUAUUUACAAUUGCAGAGUGGGAAAACAAUCCCUAUCAAUUCUUGACAAGUUGUCGAUAUUACAGGAUAUUUCAAGUGGAAUGGAUUAUUUACAUUCAUUGACUCCUGCUAUUGUUCAUCGUGACUUGAAACCAGGGAAUGUACUGCUUGAUCGAGCGAAUCGAUGUAAGGUCUGUGACUUUGGGUUAUCAAGAACUAUUGGAACCUCUUCGUCUUACACCAUGACAAGAAAUGUCGGUACUCUAUUGUACAUGUCACCUGAAAUGAUCAGUGAAGAAGAAACAUUUGAUUCCUUAAAUGGAGUUGAUAGAAAAAGUGAAAAGGCUUUGAAAGCAACCAAAGUGGAUGUCUACAGCUUUGGAAUUAUUAUGUGGGAAUUAUUCUUUGAAUUACCUCCAUAUACUGAGACGGAGAAGGUUGGACUUUCAUCUGUCAAAGCAACAGCAUCUAUUAAUAUUCUGAAUUCUGUUUUGAAAGGAAAGAGACCAGCAAUACCAUUUACAAAUGAGGAGGAGUUGUCACAGUGGCUCAUUUUGUAUCCUCUGAUUGGAUUUAGACGUAACAGCAUGUUACUUUCGGCCAUUCUGAAAUAUUUUGAUUUAACCAGAGAGUGUUGGAUUGCUGAUGCACUGCAACGACCUUCAUUUCACAGCAUCGUGAAAUGUCUGCAAGACAUUGAGCAACAAAUUAAAAAGAGCACAGAACUCUAA